AUGGCUCCUGAGACUCCCACUCGAACAGUGGAAGAUCGCUGGGAACACACUCAAGCAGAUGUAGAAAUGCUGAAGGAACAGAUGAACAAGCGUUUCCAAGAAUUGUCAUGCAAAUUGGAUGCAAUCUUUGACAACUACAAAGAACGACAAUCACCAAAUCUUAGUUCUAUUUCCAAUAUGCAAUCCAAUACACGCGAUCAUGCAGCAGCGAAGAACCUGAGAUUGAAGGUCUCACGUUACGAUGGAUUGACAGAUCCACAAGGAUGGAUCUACAAAAUCAAUCAGUUCUUUGACUUCUAUGAUAUGGAAGAAGAGCAACGUUUGAAGAUUUCUCCUUUCUAUUUCGAAGGUAAAGCUUUACAAUGGUAUCAAUGGUUCAACAAAAAUUCCACUAUCAAUUCCUGGCCCAAAUUCCUUAAAUCUCUGCAAACCAAAUUCGGUCCUUCAGAGUUGGAAGAUUCGCAAGGUCAAUUAACCAAACUGUUUCAAACAGGCACGGUGCUUGAAUACCAGGAGCAAUUCGAACACUUAUCCACUCAGGUGGAUGGUCUUUCUGAAUCAUUCCUAGUAAGUUGUUUCGUAUCAGGCUUAAAACAUGAAAUUCAACAUGAUGUCUCUGCCUUUCGUCCUUCUUCCUUGUCACAUGCAAUGUCCCUAGCCAAACUACAGGAAUCUAAGUUACACCUCAAGCAUCACCCACCCAAAUUACAUUCUCCUUAUCCUCCAUUACUGCCCACACCCAUACCACAACCGAGGUUUAACCACAACAACCAUAAUAUCAAACCUACUAUUCUAACUACUCACACCAGCCAAACCACCACCCCAACAAACCCCACAGUUACUCAUAGACUCACUCACAGCCAAAUUCAGGAAAGAAAGGAUAAGAAUCUCUGUUUUUAUUGUGGUGAGAAAUACUUUAGAGGCCACAAAUGUAAACCUUCAGUACAUGUGUUGAUUGUGCCUGAUGAAGACAUUAUUGAUGAUGAGUUGCUUCACAAUUCUGAGUGCUUGGAUGCUAUAUCCAGCUUCCCAACAAACACUACUGACAUAAUCACUCCACAGAUCAGUAUGCAUGCUUUAUCUGGGUUUGUAGUGCCUCAAACAUUACGUUUUAAGGGCCUUAUUGGGAAAUCUGAGAUGUUGCUUUUGGUUGAUGGGGGCAGCACUCAUAAUUUUGUGCAACCAAGAGUAGUUGCUGAACUGCAAUUACCUAUCUUAAAUGAUCGCCAGUUUGAUGUAAUGGUGGGCAAUGGUCAGGUACUUAAAUGUGAAGGAUUCUGCUCAGCUGUACCAGUACAAAUUCAGCAGCAUGUCUUUUUGAUGGACUGUUAUGUGUUACCAAUACAAGGAGCAGACAUUGUACUUGGAGUCCAAUGGCUACAAUUGCUAGGGCCUAUUCUAUUGGAUUAUCAAAAAUUAUCAAUGGAGUUCUCUUGGGGUGGGGAAUCAAUAAAGCUACAGGGAGACCAACAUACCACUUCCAUCUCUUUCAAUCAAUUUCGAAAAAUCCAACAACAAGGCCAGGUAGCUUCCUUAUUUCAACUAUCUGUUAUUGAUGCUAAUCCUACUGUUGUUAGUGAUGAUAACCAUCCAGCUGUGACCAAGUUACUCCAAGAGUUUGAUGAACUCUUCCAAGAACCACAAAAGCUGCCUCCACAUAGACAAUUGGAUCACCAUAUUCACUUACAACCUGAGACCACACCAGUAAACGUGAGGCCAUACAGGUAUCCUCAUUUUCAGAAAGGAGAAAUUGAAAGACAGGUCCAAAUGAUGCUAGAUUCUGAUUUCAUUCGCACCAGCACAAGCCCAUUUUCCUCUCCAGUCCUUUUGGUGAAAAAGAAGGAUGGAUCAUGGAGAUUUUUCAUUGAUUUUCGGGCUUUGAACAGCCUCACUAUCAAGGACAAAUUCCCUAUACCCACAGCUGAUGAAUUAAUGGAUGAAUUGGGUGGUUCCAUAAUCUUUUCCAAGCUGGAUUUGAGAGCUGGAUACCAUCAAAUCUGCAUGAGUCCUGAUGAUGUGCACAAGACUGCUUUUAGAACUCACCAAGGCCACUAUGAAUUUUUAGUGAUGCCCUUUGGUCUCACAAAUGCUCCUUCUACCUUCCAAGCCACCAUGAAUGUCAUUCUUCAACCCUUCCUCCGUAAGUUUGUGGUUGUGUUCUUCGAUGAUAUACUCAUUUACAGCUCCUCCAAGCUGUAG